UCACUACCACCGCCCUACCAACCCUCAAAAUCCUUAAAAAUCCCAUUUUUAGCCAAGGAAACGAAAAAGAACCGAACUUUACUCCUCGCCGCCAUGACGAAUCAGAAUGUGGUCGUGCCGGAGGCAACGCCAGCUAUCACGGUGGCGGCGGCAGCCAAACCCCCGGUCCUGUUCCCCUACCCCCCGCCUCGCGGUGGUGGCGCCUCCGCUGCAGCCGCUAUCAGGAAGAAGCACCUUUCUCAGGUCGAGCUCGGCGAGAGCUGGACCAACGCGUGGCUGGAGUCGAUGAAAACUUCCUCUCCCAUCCACGCGAAGGUUGCGGCCAGCGCUGCCGCGGUGCCCAUCAUAGAGCGCGAACAGAAUGAGCACUCAGCAUGGAUCGUGCGGCAUCCAUCUGCUUUGAGUAAGUUUGAGCAGCUCAUGAAAGCCACCAAAGGAAAGCAAAUCGUAAUGUUCUUGGACUACGACGGGACGCUGUCCCCCAUCGUCGAUGAUCCCGACUCUGCAUUCAUGUCGGAUGCAAUGAGAGCUGCCGUGAAGGAAGUGGCAGGGUGCUUCCCCACCGCGAUUGUGAGCGGGCGGUGCCGAAGCAAGUUGUUUGACUUCGUAAAAUUGACCGAGUUGUACUACGCUGGAAGCCAUGGCAUGGACAUCGAAGUUCGCAAAGGAACUAAAUACACCAAGAAGAAAAAAACUGUUCUCUUUCAACCAGCAAGCGAAUUCCUGCCCAUGAUAAAGAAGGUUCACAAAGCGCUGUCGAAGAAGACCAAACCCAUUCCUGGUGCCAAGUUGGAGAACAACAAGUUCUGUGUGUCUGUUCACUUUAGAUGUGUAGAUGAAAAGAAUUGGAGAGUGCUGCUGGAGCAGGUGUGGUUAGUGUUGAAGGAAUACCCCAUGUUGCGGAUUACUCCAGGGAGAAAGGUUUUGCUGACUCCAAAAAUGUAUUGCCUGUUUACAUCGGAGAUGAUCUCACCGAUGAAGAUGCUUUUAAGGUUUUACGUGAUAGAGGCCGAGGCAUUGGGAUCCUCGUUUCAGAGUUUCCAAAGGAGACGAAUGCUUCUUAUUUCCUGCGACGGCCCUCUGAAGUCAUGGAGUUCUUACUUCGCCUGGUGGAGUGGAAGCGCCUCUCUUUGGAGGAUGGCUUGGAGUAGUAAGCACGAAAGGGAUGUGCCAUGGCACUACCCCUUUAAAACUUUGGGGUAUGCUUGGGAUUGAAUGAGAUGGGACUUCAUUUCAUCCCGCGUUUAAGAAUAAAAUAAGAGAGAGAGAGAGAGAGAGCAUUUCAUUAUCCUUUUCUUAUUAUGAGUUCUUUCGGGGUUUGAAAGCACUGCAAAAAACUUGGCUUUCCUGCCCCUCAAUGAAGCUAAAUUUUGUAAGUAGAACUAUGUACAAUGGAGAAACAAAAGUUAGCUUUCUUGAUCUCUCUGCAAUGGAGAGAGAAAUAACAUGUUGUUCUUAGGGUAAACUAAUUUACUUUAUGUUUGGAAACUGAAA